AUGGAUAAAGACCGUGCAGAUGAAGAGUUUUGCUUAGAUACUUUGUCAGACUAUAGCAGUUAUUCAGAAAGUGACAGUGAUGGUGAUAGCAGUGAUUCUUCUAUAAACACUCGAAAGCCGCGGAAAUUAUUGCCACUGCAAUAUAGCGAUUCAGAAAGUGAUAAUGAUGACACCGCUGAAGUAAACAUCGAUACAUGGUCAACAUAUGACAAAUCAAUUAUUUUGGAACCUUUCGAAGGCAGCCCAGGUAUAAAAAUUCUCCUAAAAUCUGAAGAAAGUGUAAUGGAUAUUGUGAAUUUAUUUAUUGGAGAUGACCUUUUGGAAUAUUUGGUUAAAGAAUCGAAUAGAUAUCGCUAUCAAGUAAUCGAUAAAUAUAAAAAUAUUUCAAGGACGAAGAAAUGGGUGGAUAUUACGUUGCCAGAAAUGAAAAAUUUUUUAGGUCUAAUUGUUGUAAUGGGACAAGUAAAAAAAGAGAGACUUCACGAUUACUGGUCAACUGAGCCACGCAUCGAAACACCGUUUUUUUCGAAAGUAAUGAGCAGAAGCAGAUUUAUGCAGAUACUGCAGAGCUGGCACUUUUGUAAUAACGAAGAUAUACCCACAAAUUCAAACAGACUUGUAAAAGUUCAGCCAGUUAUAAAUUAUUUAAAGAAAUAG